UCCAUUUUCCAGUUUGACACAGCUAUUGGUUUCUCAGAAAAAAACUAACGACUUUCCUUACCUUCCCUGGCCGACUUAUAGUAUUAGGUCGAUUUACUGGGAAGGCAAAAGGUUCAACAAUGGCGAUUUAUCUUUCAUCUAUGGCUUUUGGAGCCCCAGUUCCUUCAUUUUCUUAUUUCAAAUCAAGAAAUCUUGAAAACCCAUCAUUUUUAUGCAUUUCUCAGACUCCUUUUUGUUUCAAUUCUCUUUUUUCACUUCAAAAUUCUUAUGGAUCUUCACAACGUUAUGUGUCAAGAAAACCAUGCAGGGUUCGAGCAACGUUGUUACAAGAGAAUGAAGAGGAAGUGGUUGUGGAGAAAUCUUUUGCACCUAAGAGUUUUCCGACCAAAAUGGGAGGGGGAAGUAAUGGAGAGCCACCAGAUGAUUCAUCCCCUAACGGUUUGGAGAAAUGGGUUGUAAAGGUUGAGCAGUCUAUAAAUAUCUUUCUCACGGAUUCGGUGAUAAAGAUUCUUGACACUUUGUAUCACGACCGAAACUAUGCAAGGUUUUUCGUGCUGGAAACAAUUGCAAGAGUUCCUUAUUUUGCAUUUAUAUCUGUUCUUCACAUGUAUGAGAGCUUUGGUUGGUGGAGAAGAGCAGAUUAUCUGAAGGUGCAUUUUGCUGAGAGCUGGAAUGAGAUGCACCAUUUACUCAUUAUGGAAGAAUUAGGAGGAAAUGCCUGGUGGUUUGACCGAUUCCUUGCGCAGCAUGUUGCAGUAUUCUAUUAUUUCAUGACAGUUUUAAUGUAUGCUUUGAGCCCAAGAAUGGCAUAUCAUUUCUCUGAAUGCGUGGAGAACCACGCAUACGAGACUUACGACAAAUUCAUCAAGGAUCAAGGAGAUGAAUUAAAGAAAUUGCCCGCUCCAAAGAUUGCCGUGAGCUACUACACGGGAGGUGACUUGUACUUGUUUGAUGAAUUUCAAACUUCACGAGAGCCUAAUACUCGAAGACCAAAGAUAGAUAAUCUGUACGACGUAUUCAUGAAUAUUAGAGAUGACGAAGCAGAGCAUUGUAAGACAAUGAAAGCCUGUCAAACGCAUGGGAGCCUUCGCUCUCCACACACAGAUCCUUGUGAUGACCCUGAAGAUAAUUCAGGGUGUCCCGUGCCUCAGGCUGAUUGUGUAGGUAUCGUGGAUUGUAUAAAGAAAUCUGUCGCCGAUCCUCAAGUCACCAGAAGGUAGAGCAAGAAAAAUGACAACCAACUAAACUAUACUUGUAUAUACUAGUAUAGCAAUACAAAGAUAUAGAUCCAUGUUGUAUCUUUUUGUCUGAGGUAGAGCAUGUCAAAAUGCCCAAAGAUGGGUAAGAAUUUGGUUGUUUUCUGCUUUCAUAUGUACUGAAUGUAUUACAUAUAUAAUCUUUUGGAAAGUUUCAACAAUUUAGUCUUUA